GGAUGAACAGUGUUAAAUGUCUUGCUGUUGGUUGUUCUUAUGGGUUAAAGGAUUCUUUUCUCGGAAUAUUUCUGUUAUCAAAUAUUGAUAAUGAUCAAAAGGGUAAAGCAGUUGAGGGACGAUCUUCAUCAAAACAUGGUGUACGCCAAAUUCGGCCUGACACAAAAAGAAAGGGAAAAGUUUUACCAAUGAUGGCACAAUGCUGUUUCUUGAAUGGUGGUGUUUUACUGUUAAGCGUUAUGGUGUUUGAACGAUACAUUGUUCCUGCUGUCAAGUAUAUUAUGAUGAUGAUGGUUGGACUUUUUAUGGUUGGCAAUGGUCCACAAAGUUCACUUUGGUCUUGGAUGGAACCGACAAUGAACUAUAUUUUCAAAUACCUGUGGGUAGUGCCAUUGUUUUGGCUUUGCAAAAUCUUGAAUAUUUUUUGGUUUGUGGAAAUAGCUGAUGUUGCAUAUAGGAAAAAAUUUGGAAGACCAGUUUCAUCGCUUUUAUCUUCAAAAGAUAGUAUUUUUAAGGUGUUGAGUAAAACUAUGGCAGAUUUUGUGUUCAGUAUCAACGUGGAAGUGUGUUUUUUAUUGCAGGCUCAACUUGUUGGUUUAAUACCUAUAUUUGGGCCAGCAUUGUCGUUUAUUCACAUGUCAUUACUUUAUUCACUGUAUGCAUUUGAGUAUACAUGGACAAAUCUAGGUUGGACAGUUGUUCGAAGGUUGGGAUAUAUUGAAAAUAAUUGGCCUUAUUUUAUUGGAUUUGGUGUUCUUCUUUCUACACUCACCAAUUUGACAUCCUCCGCUGUCAUCAGUGCAUGUAUAUUUGGUAUCACAUUUCCCAUCUUUAUAUUAAGCGGUCUUGAUGCACGUCCAUAUGAACAAUGUGACUAUCCUGUUCGAUUGUUUUCCCUUGCUAUUUGGCUAACAAAUAAAGUCUUCCUUAUCAAAUCAAGUGGCAAGAAAUUAUCACAGACUGAUCUAUCUUCUUGACAAAAAGAUAGUUGUGGACAUCAAGCAGCAGCCAAGCUUCUUAUAUUGAUAAUCUGCUUAUACACAAUUUCGCACCCACUUUAUAUUUGUAAAUUCAUAGUUUUAUAUUACAUUUUAUAUUUAACUAUUGAUAGUUAUUUUAGAUUAUAUUGCUUAAACACA